AGCCAAGCCAGCUGGGCGAUACGUCUCCGAGCAGCAGGCAAACAAAAAUCUCUAAACACAAAAACCAUUCACACUCCAAGCGAAGAGGAACGCAUUUGUUGCGCUGUGAGUGAAACGAUUUCACUGGUGGUGCACGAACAUCGCUUCACUUUGCGCUUGUGUGAAUCCGGGAAUCGUUGAAACAAAGAGUCAACGCACUUUUUUUUGGUCGAAAAAGUUCGUGAAGUGAAGUGACGGGGUUGUUUAGUUUGAUGGAAAAGGUGUCCCCGAGGUUCGUUCCUAAUCAACCAUUGUGAAUCAUUGUUGUGGUGGUGAAGCAAUCAGGUGUUUUUUUUGGGUGCACAACGUCUGCGGGAUAGUGUUCGUUCCGGAAACUGCACCGUAUCCCAGUAGCUUGAGCGGCCAGGAUGAAACAGGGCACGGGCUUGUGGCAGAGUGCACAGUAAUUGUGAAGUGCACAGUGAUCGUGUGCAGCCAAGUGUCACCAACUGUGUGCUCUAUUUGUGGUGGCCGUAAAGCAAUGCAAAAGGGAAAUUUAUGCUUAAAUCACCCUCACAUUCGUGUGUGAGUGCGUGUAUGUCUGCGUGCUUCGAGUUGUUCUUGUCGGGCGUUACUAUGGUGAUGACGGUGUCCGCGAUAGUGUGAUUGUCCUGUGGCAAAUGUUGUGCAAUUGGGGGCAGAAAAGUAGAUAUUUUUUAUCACAAAUAUGUUUUCUUAAAGGUAAAAUUCUCGACAGCAAUAGCCCCGCUCGGUGCUUGAUCAGCCUCCUUCUGUGCGCGUGUCUGUGUGUGAGAGUGAUGUGUCCGUGUUCAAGGCAAAAGUGCAUCUAGAGAAAGGAUGUAAAAAGUGGGAGUGACGUGUGCCAAAAGUAAAUCGCAGCAUGCAGUGGCUGUGAAUAUGCUGAAAACGCGUGUGUAUUUCGCAAACAUGGUACCGGGAGCAGUAGCAUCAAUAUAACCUCGAAAUUGUACAUCCCGUCUGUGUGGUUGGUUGUGUGCGUGUGUGUGGUGGGUGCAACAACUGUGUGGUUGGGAUAGCCGGAACCACCGGGCUACGGGUAUUUGCUCGCCGUCCGAACAAAGGUUUUGUGCCCGUGUGUCAUCUCCCUGCUAGCAGACGCAGGUGUGUCUAGCAGAUAGAACGUGUCGGUCCUCCGCCCAUGUUAAAUCCGCCCUACACUGAAACGCGGGUGACGAAGAGGACAACAGGAGUGAUGGAAUGUGGUCGGGAGGAGUGUGCGCGAGCAAGCGAUUAAGCGAAAACAUGACAUCAGCUGGCUACCAUAGCAGACAGCAAAGACGACAGUCGGAAGAACAAGUGGCAAACGAAAAGUUAAAGUUCUAAUCUGUCAAACGAUAGGUUCAAGGCAUCUGGAAGCAAGCAUCAUACUAUCCGUCUCAACAAUCAAAGCAGCCGACACAAAUUAGCGGCAGUGGUUUUAUAAAUUUUAGUGUUUUUACUCCUCCCCACUAGCUGAAUGGAUCCUUUUGGGGAGAUGCAGUGCAAUAUCGGUGGAAAUAAUUUUCACCCCGCUCCUUCGGUGGAUGAGCCUGUUGAUGCGAGCAACAUGACACCAAGUCCAUCCAGCAUUAUCAAACCGGUGGUCCCGGACACACCCUCCAGCCCGAACGAUCCGGAACAUCAGCAGGAGAAGAGCGACUGUACGCCGGAGAACUCGAAGAAAAGUGAUAGCUCACCGGAAGGUGGUGCCGAUGGAUUUGGACGUAUUCCGGGUGGAGUGGGUCGGGUAGGAGCGGCACCCUCAGCAACACACGAUUCCGUUGCCAAGAGUCUUUCAAUGCAAGAAAUGUUUAAACCGGGCCGAAGCGUUAGUGAGGAACCAACCACGAAAUCGAAGCAAUCGGAUGCCGACAGUAACGAUACGGCACUGGUCGAUUCGGUCCGGAAUGCGUUUGCGUUUACGAUCGAUUUUGGCGAUGGGAAGAAACCGGUCGAUUCGCAACGGCACGAAAAGAUGCUGGAACGCUUUCAGGCCCGACACAAGCGGGGUGUUUCGCUGUCGAAGCUGGAGUCAAGCUCGGGUACAUCCUCACCGGCAGCAUCGGCACGCCAGCAGCAAGGAUCAUCCCGGGCACCGGCCAGUGUAAAUUUGCCACGACGCAACAAACAGUUGGCGUACGAUGCGGCUGACCAGCAACAAUCUUCCCAGCAGAUGGUCAUGAUCGAUGACUCCACCGGGCGACCGGUGGCGGUGAAGUUGAGGGAGAAAAAUCAACGAUCCGUUGGGCGCGAUCAGUCGGCAACGAAGCGGCACAGCUGGAGUCCUCGGACGAGUAUGAGCGAGAUGGGAGCGGCGAGUGGAAGAGCGCAAGAAGCGGCGCCUAAACAAGCCGUUGUGAGAUCCAGCACUAAUUCGGGUCGUUUUGCACCAAAAUCGGCGACGCUUGCGCUAGCGCUCGAACAACAGCAGCACCAGCAGCAACAACAGGUGGGCAAUCUCGAGCGGAAAGACUAUUCUUACUCCAGCUCGGAAUUUAACGCCGAAAGUCUCGACUCGUCUGGCGGCAUUCCGUGUCUGGAGGCACCGUUGGAAAACUUCCGCAAAGCGAAGGGUAACGACGGGGAGGAUGACGAUGAGGUUAGUGAGGCGGGCACGUACACGAUCGAUGGUGCGAACUAUACCGAGGAGCAGAAGGAACGGAUGAACAUCGAUCGGAUCGGUCCGUCGCACGUUGCAUUGCCACCGGAGGUGGUUGAUCCUGUGCCGCUGGUGCCGGCAGCCGUACGUCCAACAGACUUUCGGGAGGAGUUGGAAGUGAUUGAUCUGGAGCGGACGACUAGUGGAGGGACGGGUGUUGCGGGAGAACGUCGAAAUGGGCGGACGGCAAUGCACGAGGAAUCAUCAUCCGCGCCCGCGCAAGGGACAGAGAAUCGAAAGCACAACAUACUGGAGGUAUCCUACUUCCACGAACCAUCGCCGGCCGCCAGCGGUGGUAAGGGUGUGGCUGGCGGGGGAACGGCUCAAGAACGCACGAAAAGCAAACAAUCCUACAUCGAGAAGCUCAAAUCACGCAUGAAAAACAUCACGCAGAAGAGUGGUGGCAGCAGUACGGGAUCGAGUCGACCUUCGUCUGGGAAGCAGCAGCAGCAGCAGAGCGGGAUGAUCGCGCCGGAACUGGACUCACCGGACCAGGGCACGUUUACGUCCGUUACGACGAGCGGUAUCUUGAGCGUGAAGCCGACACUGCUGGAGGGAAAUCCGGUAGUGCCGGUAGGCCAGCGGCGACGCAACAGCUUGACCAAAUCGCACAUCGAUAGCUCGGAGUAUGUGCAGGGCGUCGCGAAAUUGAACAUUCACGCCACAAGCUGUGCGCUGACGGAUGGGGUGGACGAAGCACUGGUAAAGGUGGAGCCGCCGGACGAGGAACCUAAGAUUCUGAAUUGCUACACGGACUCCGAGAAGGCACAUCAGGGCGGUGGAGGUCAUCAUCGGCAUUCACAGGUGAAGAAGGGAGACGUUAGUCCUGUUCGUCGGAAAACACCCUCGGACGUUGCAGCGUUAACGUCGGUUGCGACCAAGAAAGAUUGGAUUCAGGAGUGGGCCAAGAAUGCGCGCGAAUAUUCCAAGUCCACAAGCCCGAAGGUGCAUCCACACGAUCCUCCGCCAGCAACAACGGCCUAUAACAAUGCCGGAGUUGCAGGUUCGAUGACACGAAGUUACGGAGCCGAGUGUGACGGUGAGGCGGGCAAUCGGCGCGGUAGCAGAGGCAAUCAGUUUGGAUACGAUUUCGAUAUCGAUCUUACCAAGAGCGAUUACUACGAGGCAAAAAAGUAUGAAGAGUUUGGCGAUAAUCUGGACCAUCGGCAGCACUAUCGUGGGCUGGUCGGUGCGCGGAACAAUCAUCAUCCGGGCAGUGGAAGUGAUCCGCUAGUGUUUCGCAAUCCGCAUCAGCCGCUUACGACGACCUCACCGGACGAGGAUCAUCAGUUCCGGGAACCGCUCCCGUACGCCAUGAACGAGUUUGCACGUACCGGAUCGCGGGGUUCCAUGCGACGGUACGGUCACAAUCAGCAUCCAUCACCGGUAACGCCCUCGGCUGGCGCUGCAAAACCACCGAUGAGUCCCAGCAAGAUACCAUCACCGAUCGGUUCGAUAGGACGGGCGCGCAGCGUUAGCCGUAAUCGAAGUCUACAGGGAAGCAAUUCGGAUCUUUCCGGAAAUGAAACGGAGAUGUAUCUGCAGAAAACGGCCGCCGCCAUUUCGACAUUGCAAAACCUGCAGCGGCGCAAUUCGCUACGGAACAGCUCUUCGCACCACUCUUCCAGCCCGCUCAGUCCCGCAUCGCGCAAGAUGUCACCGAAAGUGUCGCCGAUGAAUUCGCUCCAAUCUCCAAUCCAUUCGCCUGGGCUUAGUAGUAACAACUAUGGAGACCUCAAUUCGCCAUUGUACUCACCGCAGCAUCUGCAGCAGCGCAACAAUUUGCAUCAUCAUCAACUGCACCAGAACAUCGGUGGUGGUGCAGGACACAAGCGAAACCAUUCGCUGGACGGUGGCGUAGAUCCACUCUCGUCACCGACUUCCUAUCUGCCAAAUGGAGCCUCCGCAGGCGCUGGAGCCGGUCACAUGACGCGUAGUUUGAACACCAACACGACAAGCCCGAAGUUGGAUUUCUCCAAGCGUCAUCACACGCGGCACAACUCGUACGAAGGUGUGAUGUCUUCGCUGCCACCAAAGCCCGUUAAAUGUUUCCAACAGUUUGAUCAAUCGGCCGGCGCAGGAUACUAUGGAGGGCAUGGUGGUGAGCCGCUGGACGUGGAUGCCGAUGUUGAUGAUUUGGAAGAUCCGGACGACUGUAGGGACUAUGAUGAGGAAGAAUUUGAGGAGGACAUUGAUGACGAUGACGACGAGGAGGAGGAGGAGAUGGAUUUAAACAUUAGGAAGACUGGCGGGCUGAUAGCGGAUAGUGUAAUGCCGCGGCCAAGAGCGAUGUCGCUAGAACCUCGCAAAAGGUCCGGCGGUGUUCAGCAACAUUUGCCAACUUCCACUGGUGCCAAGCAAGUGAUGACGGCAAAUCAGAAAAAUGUCGUCGUUAAUCGUGUUCAAAAAGCACAACCACAUCAACAGCAGCAACAUCUUACAUCACCCAUCAAAAGAUCAAGCUCAUUCUCGGUUAAACCGAAUGUGAUGAAACCGGCCACACCGACAAUGUCGACGAAAGCGGGAGGACUGACCGGUGUCAAUGGUCGCACGGUGACUGGUGCCUCAAGGAUACAGAAGUCGGCUAGCAGCACUAGCUUUAAGAAAAUGGCCGCCGGUGUGUUGGAUAGCAGUGUGCAACCACAGCAGUAUCAUCAUCAUUCGGUGCAGCCACCGCAUCAUCGCCACCAGCUGGUGAUGGACCCGAACUAUCCCGAUGAGUUGAUGCUGUACAUCAACGAUGGAGAGGAUGAUGGGCUGCAAAUGAGAGAUCGGAGACAGCAAGACGACUACUCUUCAAACUCCUUAACGGACGAGGAUGAUCCAGUGGAUGAUCUGGAUGAUGAAGAUCUCGAUGCGAAUGGUGCACGGUUGGAGAAGGAACCGCUCACAAACACGCGCUACAACAAAACGUUCCUAAUGCGCAUGGAACAGAACAAGAAAUUGGCAGGUGGUGGUGGUGGUGCAGCUGUGGGAGGAGGUGGAACUGCAGCAAGUACGAAACAAACUGGCGGUGCUGCGGCAUGUCCCAACACGCCUGAGCUGCCCCGACGGGCAGUUCAGAUGCGAGGUCUCGGCAGGGAUCGGGCGUCAAUGCCUCGUGAUUCUAGUUUGAAUCGUAUGAAGCAGGAUCUAAACUUGCGCAAAUCCGCUACUGGACGCGAGAUGCUAAUGGGCGGUAAAGGGCAGCAACAGUCCACACAGUCCAUUAACUCUACGACUUCGUCGGCAGUGGGAAGCGGUGGCAAGGUGCAACCGAAGUAUUUGGAUAUUUCCAAGUACAAAUCCUCCAAUGCAGCCAACUUCCUGAAGAAAGAUGAAUCCAAAAGCUAUCUCCUGCGGCAGGAGGGCGUCCGGAAGAGUCCGAGUAGUGCGUCCGUUUCGUCGGCGAUCAGUCGAACCGAUCCUACCCGGAUGAGUGCCCGAAGCAUCAAGUCAGCUAGCAGUGCAGCCAGUAAAUCUAGCGGCAGUGGCACCGGAGCCGGUAGUGUCACGAAGAAAGAUCCCGUUAAAGUUGCAAAGGAACAGGAGCUGGAAAUGUGGCGAAGGCGCGCGAGUUACGAUCCGAUGAAGGCUGCCCUCGAGGGAAAAAAGAAACAGCAGGAAGAAUCGAGGCGUCUCGCUGCCGCCCAACAGCAGCAGCAGCAGCAGCAGCAGCAAUCGCAGCUACAUUCGGAACGGCAAAGUAAAUCGAAUGAAAGCUCCGUUUUGAGAUCUCAGUCCUACCACAGUGGUGUCGGUAGCGUUGGCGGUGGCCGUCUAUACCAAGGUAAUGUUGGUAAUAGCAGUAAUGUUAACUUGCGCGGCGCAUACAAUCAGACCAUCCGGGGGGAAGAACAUCCGGAGAGUGGUGACAACCGUUGGACGUUAACAUCGACGGAAUCGAGCGAGGAGCUAGACGCGGAUGAUGACUACGUGCACUGAAGCAAACAGACAGUUACCAUCAGACGCCGUUUGGAGCGUUGGAAACGACUGGAUGAGACUCAUGAGACUAUAAACACUUUACACGGUUUGGGAGCUUCGCGUCUAUUUGCGCCAUUAGGAUGUUACAGCUUCCUGCUCGGAAAACUCCCCAUAGAAGCGAUAGAUUUAGUAUUGAUGCCUGCAACAAGCCUGUCCAACAAUAGUCACAAGCAGUGAGCGCAAACAUUUUGGAAUACCAAUGCAUUGUGUACGGUACAGUUUGCUUAUAGUCUGAAAUCAUCGCUAACCAACCAACCAAGCCUUUGCUUGCAGAACUCUAAAAUCUCGGAUAUGAUUUCAUUGUUUUGUGGUAGGAUUAGGUGUUAUCAACCUCGGUGUGUUCGGUUUGAAGAUUUCAUUUAGCUUUUUUUUGGUUUAUCGGUCCACUGUGAACAUUUUAACAACGGAUGGCUCUAGGUCCACCACCACCGAACGCAAAAAAGAAACCUGUAGCAUAAACAGCAUUUUACGGACAGAAUCUUCGUAUGCGUGCGCAUAAACAGUAUGUUAGGCUUUUAAAGGUAUAAUAUUAACGUAAUCGAUACGUAGUCGUAGCCGGUAGCUUUAUUUCUUAAGUUGGCUUAAUAGCCACAAAUAUACACAAUCGUUCAAGCAUAACGAACGGCAACGGUCACAUACAGGAAGCAUAUUCUAGUGCGCUGUAAACUAUUCAUUUGAGCUUUGGGCACACACACACACCCACACACACACCCACACACACGCAAUUACGGUACAGUUUCCACUUGUUUAGUUGCAUAUUAAAAACGUUGGAAACUAUUCGGCUAGGUUUGAUUCUUCUGACUGUGGGAGCCACAUUGUUAUCUGCAUAUGCUUUGUUGCGAUUGUUUCUAAACUUUUAACCAUGCGCAGAUUAAAGUCUCUAGUUAAUUGUUAUUUGAUAUUUUUUAAAGCAACCUGUGUGUGUGUGUAUUAUGUGCUAUUUUGCGACGAUUUUUUGUACAUUUUUGUGAAGUUAAGGUUCUAGGUUCUUGAAUGGGAAGACAUUUUUUUUCAUUUCGAUAAGCCUGUGUGUGUAGGUACUUUACAGCUACAUUAAAAUGUACCAAAAUCUACCGACUGUAGAAACAAAAUAUGAACCAAGCCAUGUGACUACGACUGGCGGAAUCUCUGUCACGAUAGAACCGAACGAACAGAACGACCCGACAGAACAUUGUUUGAAUGUUUCCGUUAAAUUGCCUCCAUUGAGUUUUGCACGUUAAUACUCUUGUAGAAAUAAUAGUUGACCAAUUUGUUUCGUUUACACUUUGUUGGAACUCGUUUUCAAGAUGGCUUAGAGAAAUCGUUUAAAAGAACCAUUUAGCUACAAUCUGUCUUUGGGUACACAGAUGCCUUCGUACUACUAAUUUGCCACCGUGUUACCAAAUGCGUAAAGUUGAUUGAAAGUAUUUUACAAACGCUAAACGCUAGAUGCCUUGAAUGAUUUCCGCUCUCACGUUGGUUUUGUUUGUUGUAGAUCAUAAAUAUCGCUCCAGCUUACUGCACACGGUACAGCAUGGAACGAUACGAAAGAAAGCGAGCGCAAGAACAAAAUGGUACAUUGCGGUGUACUACAGCGGUGAUGGUUAUGGUGCGACAAAACCUACAAAUCGUUCCGAAGCUGCCACUCAAACGAACUGACGUAAACGUAAUUCAAUAGAAAUCAUAUUUAGAUGAUGAACCUUACCGAACGGAUGAAGGACCCCGAGCGGGAAGGUCGAUGACGAUCGAAAUAAUGUUUUGGUUUAGUUUUAGCAGCGCAGCUGGCGAGGGUGCUUAGCAUGGUCGGGAUGUUUUUUUUUAAUUUAUGGUACGAUCGAGACGCGACAAACGAAUGUGAUGAUGUUGUUAGGGAAAAGGCACCAGGAUGAUGAUGAUGAUGUGGUGAUGCAUAUUGAGAUUAAAUCGAGCCUAGUAUAGGAAAACAUAAGGUGUAAGAAGGUGUUAUAUUAGGUACGGAUCAUAGGAAUGUUUUCGUUUCUUUCUCCCCCCUGGGAUAACAGUAUCACAGUAUCUUGUGAUGUAAGUAUUAGGUUCUUUAGGUGAAACAUAGAGAAAGGAGCAAGACACAAAAAAAUCGAAAAUCCGACAAAAGCGAACGAAACGUAACGAAACUGGUGAUGUAAUUGAAGCUUAAAAUGCAAUCAAAAUAACGCAACUUGUGCGAGGAAAAAACACUUUACAGGGUUUCUCAGGCCAGUUCAACAUUGUAACACUAUAUGUCUCAACAGCAUAAAUCUUUAAUCCGACAGGUCCGUCAACUGGGUAUUUUCCACUGGAAUUUUACGGAGUUGAGUGCUUUGUUUUCCCGUCGGAGUAAAAGACUCGAGAAGCCCCCCCCCCCCCCUCCCUCCUAGAAUCUUUUAUGUUCAGCACUGUGGCCUAUCAUUUUUAUUGCACAGUGUGAUUUUUGUAUUGUCAUAACUUGUUUCAUAUAAAUAUUGUGCAUUGUUCCCUUAUACUGUUACUGGACAGCGAGUAUGAGCAUGAUAAUAUACAUUGUAAGAAGUGAUUUAAAAUGUUAUUAUUCUUAUUUUUCCUCCUUUUCUGAAUAUAAAUGCCCGUUAACAAGUAUCUAUCGAACCAAUGUUCCGUCACAGUCCGGGAACAACGUGUAUGUUGAAAGCCUGAUUGGUCACUCCUAGCGUGACCAAAAACUUUUACGUAGCUCCUGUAAGCCAAUCUAAAUGGUCAGAAUAGGGGGAGGGGGAUUUAAUCGAAUAAUAAGCAAUAUUUCAUUCGACUUUAUUCAACCAUUUUUGACCACACUGAAAGCACACUGUGAAACUUUUGCAACGUGUGCUGCGGAUUGCAUACAUUCAGGCGUAAAUUCUACAGUGCCUAACAAAUUUUGUCAGGGGGGGUGGGCUUCUCAAUCCGCUUUUACCCCCGUCGAAAAAUGCGGAUUGUCGGAUAAGCGUUUUAUGCUAUUGACUUAUAGCGUUACAAUCAAGAACUGGCUCGAGAAACCCUGUAAAAUAUAUUUCUUCUUACCCAUCUUCACCGAUUUGCAGUAUCGUUUUGCUAACAGUAGUCUAUAUUAGCCAAAACCACAUCAAAUAUGUACAUGCAAAAAGCCAAUAGCCAACAACAACAAAAACAAGUCAGUCCGCGUUAAAAGUACGCAUACGCAAGUACCGAGUAAGCAUAAUAUAUCAACAAAACAUAACCGGCCAACAACCAAAUUGCGCCCACAUAAGCCUAUUUUUUAAUCACCAGCAAGCAUACCAAUCAUCACAUAAAGCCUAGCAAAGCGAGUGGGGACGAAACUGUUUGCCUCAUUUUAUACGAACGCAAUUUGCAAACAAAAGUGGUAUAUCUAUACAGAUUGAAUAAUGUUUCGUUCGUGUGUGUUUUUUUUUUUAAAUUACCGGUAGCUUUAAUUCAGUUAAUGUAGUUUUUGGUGAUCUACAGUAAGAGUAGUGCGAUGAUGACGAGCCACCAUUUUUUUUCGAUGCCGAUUUGAAGAACAAUGAAAAUAUAUAUAUGUAUAUUCAGUAUAUUGAAAUAUUAUUUCAAGUUGAUAAAUUGUGUGUGUUUGA